AUGACAGAAGCAGCUGAAGCAUCCAUAGUUGUGCCACCAGCGCCGACUCAAGUUUUUAUUCCCCCGUCAAAUUUGCCCCCGCCGAAAGCGCUUAAUUUUGACGACAAUUUAGCCACCGCAUGGAAAUCGUGGAAAGCAGCGUGGCAGCGCUACGAAAUCGCUACUGGUGUAUAUAAACAAGAGGGCAUAGUUCGUGUGUCGACAUUACUAAGCAUUAUAGGCGAGGAUGGCGUCAGAGCCCACGAUACCUUUAUUUGGAACGAAGACGAAAACGCAGACGACAUUUCACAAGUCCUGAAGAAGUUCGACGAAUUCUGCAUUCCUAGGACACAGGUCAUAUAUGAACGCUAUAGGUUCAACAACCGAAACCAGGAACCAGGCGAAAACAUCUCGACGUAUCUUACGGAGCUUCGAACGAUCGCAAAAAACUGUGCACACGAUACAAUCACACCAGAUGAAAUUUUGCGUGGCCUCGUGCUAGGCAUACGGGAUGAUCGCGUCCGCGAGAGACUUCUCCGUUUGAAUGAUUUAUCUCUCCUACAAGCAGUUGACAUUAUUAAGUCGUCAGAACAGACCCAACAGCAAGUAAAGCUAAUGGCUGGAGGAGACACUGCAGUUCAUGCGUUACGGAAGGCGGGAUCGGCAGAAAAACCUGAAGAAGAACGACAACUUAAGUCACAAGCAUUUAGAAGACCGUCUAAAGAAUGUGGAAAUUGCGGAAUGGUGCAUGGACGUCAUUGUCCCGCGUAUGGAAGAACAUGUUUUAACUGUGGGAGUAUGAAUCAUUUUGCGAAUAAAUGUCGCGCUAAUCCCCGAGGAGUGAAAAGUAGAGUUUCGGCGGUCCACGAAGCCGUCGACAUGGGAAACGACCCCUACUACAUUGGUGCUACUACUAGUAAGAGCAAAGGCCAGGAAAAAUUGGCAGUGGUCAAACUCCACAUUUAUGGGCCAGAUCCCAAGACAGAAGUCCAGUUUCAAAUAGAUAUGGGGUCGCAGUGCGACAUUCUCCCGGCCCAAUUAUACAAGCAAAUCACUGGGGACACCCUCCUUCAUCGCCUCAAACCAUGCCAAAAGGAAAUAGUCUCGUACACAGGGGAUCGCCGCAAAAUUGCUGGUAAAGCUACCCUGCCUGUGUGGUCCCGUGGACAGCGGAGGUCAAUGGAGUUUAACAUCUUAGACGGAGACUAUCAACCGAUUUUAUCAUUGAACACCAGCCUCAAUCUUGGCUUUGUGAGUUUGAAUAAUUGUGACGUCCUAGCAUUACACGUCAAGUGUCCCAAAGCCUCCUUGCUCGAAGAGUAUGAGGACGUAUUCGACGGAUUAGGGGCCCUACCGGGAACAUACAAAAUAGCCAUAGACGAACAGGCGCAACCAGUUGUCCACGCACCGAGGCGACUGCCAGUAGCCUUGCGUCCAUGCAUCAAAAACAAGCUGGACGAACUUGUUGAUCGUAAAGUUAUUAUUCCAGUAACAGAACCGACGCAGUGGGUAUCCAGCAUGUUGGCCAUAGUGAAGCCAAACAAAGUACGCAUCUGUAUUGACCCAAGAGAUUUAAAUCGUGCCAUUCGGCGAGAGCAUUACCAGUUGCCGACUAUCGAUGAAGUGGCCUCCCGCUUAACAGGUGCCAAGAAAUUUACUCUUUGUGACGCCAAGGAUGGUUUCCACCAAAUCCUCUUAGACGAUGCUUCUAGUUUCCUGACAACGUUCAAUACGCCUUUUGGGCGUUAUAGAUGGGCCCGCAUGCCUUUUGGUAUCUCAAGUGCGCCUGAAGUUUGGCAGCGACGCAUGCAUGAAUUCGUAGAAAAUUUAGAAGGAGUUGAAGUUAUCGCUGACGACUUCCUCAUCGCUGGAUUUGGCGAAACUGACGCAGAGGUCAACUCGAGCCUUGAAAAGAACGAACGUGCGUUCUUCAAGAAAUGCCGGGAGUGGAACCUCAAGCUCAACAAACUCAAGCUGAAAAGAUCUCAAACCGAAGUGCGUUUCAUGGGCCACCUCUUGACUCCUGAUGGUCUAAAGGCAGACCCAGCCAAAGUUGAAGCUAUUUUGGAUAUGCCACCGCCGACUGAUGUGAAAGGCCUGAAGAGGUUUUUGGGGAUGCAUGAGAAAGCAUUUACCACAGUCAAAGAAUACUUGGCCAAGGCCCCGGUACUGAAAUACUAUGAUGUUACUGAAGAAGUGACAAUCCAAUGCGAUGCCAGCAUAACGGGUCUAGGUGCAGUACUGAUGCAAAAGGGUCAGCCCGUUGCCUUUGCCUCGCGAGCUCUGACCGACACCGAAACGCGUUACGCUCAAAUCGAGAAAGAGCUCCUCGCCAUAGUGUGGUCAACCGACAAGUUCAAUCAAUACAUACUGGGACGCGAAGUUGUACACAUCGAGUCUGACCACGAACCACUAAGGGCAGUUUUUACCAAGCCAAUACACAACUCACCAAAGAGACUCCAGAGAAUGCUGAUGGCCCUUCAGAAUUACUCCCUGGAUGUGCAGUAUAAAAAAGGGGAACUUAUGUGGGUAUCAGAUGCACUGAGUCGAGCAUACCGCAACACCACCGAAGCCUCCAAGCACGAUACAAGUCUGAUCUGUACACUUGCCGAGAUAGAUCAUUCAGAAAACCUCUCGAUUGCACCAUACAGGCUCGCUGAAUUCAGAAACGAGAUUGCCAGGGACCCAGUGAUGCAAAAGCUAAUCGGAGCAAUCAAGGGUGAAUGGCCAGUGUCAAGGAAGUCCUGUACCCCUGAGCUGACGCCUUACUAUGACAAACGAAGUGAGCUUAUAGAAGACAAGGGACUAGUAUUCCUGGGGGAGCGAUUGCUGGUACCCCCUUCCCUGAGAAAAGAAAUGUUGAAGCAAAUUCACCGAUCACAUAUUGGAAUCGAAGGGUGUUUACGUCGCGCUAGGGAGGUCCUCUAUUGGCCCCUCAUGAAUUCGGAAGUAAAGGACUUUCUUUCCAAAUGCUCAAUCUGCCAGUCGUACCAGCCAGAUCAGUGCCGCGAGGAAUUACAACCGUAUCCGAUCCCGUCGCGUCCCUGGUCGAUGCUAGGUGCCGAUUUUUUUGACCUUGGGCAACAACAUUUCUUUGUCCUAGUCGACUACUGGAGUGGGUUCUUUGAAGUCCAGGAGGUUAAGGUGGCCACAUCUGCUAGCGUGAUAGCUGCGUGUAAAGUACAAUUCGCCCGCCAUGGGAUACCAGACGUGCUUAUUACCGACAACGGACCUCAGUUUACGUCAUCGGUGUUCAGUGCAUUCGUGAGAGAAUGGCAGUUUGAACAUAGAACUUCGAGCCCCCGUUACCCCCAGUCAAAUGGCCGCGCCGAGAAUGCCGUGAAGACCUGCAAGAACUUGAUGACGAAAGCGAAAGCGGAUGGGCAAGACCCGCUGUUAGCCCUUCUUGAUUGGCGCAACACCCCAACAGAGGGUCUAGGAACAUCACCCGUACAGAGACUGAUGGGACGCCGCACACGCACUUUCUUACCAACCCAUGAAACGCUCCUGCGGCAGCCAUCACACCAGGAAACAGCCACCAAAUUAGCUGAGCGCAAGAAAAGACAAGCUCAACAAUACAACAAAAAGUUUCGCCCUUUAGAGGCACUAAAGUGUGGACAGGCCAUCAGGAUGCGGCUUCCCGGAAGGGAGGAAUGGAGUCUGGGGACCUGCAUGAAAGCCUUGGGGAACAGGUCUUAUGAAGUUGAAGUUUGCGGCAGGCGAUACCGACGCAACCGUCGGCAACUGCGCCUGACCCCGGAAACAGCACCACCUAUGAGUCUGGUAGAACUAACUCCGCCCGAGUCUACCCUCAAACCGGCGCCAAAUCUGACAGAGCCAGGACCUCCUCCACCGGAGUUUCAUGGCGAGACCAAAACAGAGAGAAUGCCACCUGAACAUGAGAUGGGAACUGAGCUUGAGCCACAAAGGAUUGAAACUCGUCGAAAUUGUGGGAUGUGUGUGGGUACAGAAAGUGGAGCUACGCCAUUGCUGGAAAUAAGUCCGGGGGGACAACUGCAGGCAGAAACGAUGGGUCGACCUGGGCUGUUAGGUGAUUUUAGACAGCUACGCGAAGAAAAACCUUUGUGA